AUGGAUAUUGAAGAUGCAAAUUCUUUUUUUAAUGGGAAUCAAAAUACAAAUAUAUUAGGUCAAUCACCACGUCCAACUGGAAUCCUAAUGAAAUUUAUAUUUUUAUUUCAUCCAAUGUUAUUAUUCCUAUUCAUUUUACCAGGUGUUUUAACAUUUUGGAUAUUAUUUAUUGCAGGUGAAAAUUCAAUUAAACCAUUUAUGUAUAUUAUUUUCUUAUUGGUUCCAUUAGUAUUUCAAAUAGUUUUAUUGAUUUAUCAUUCACAUUCAUUUGUGUUUUUAAAUUAUGGUCUUCAAGCAUUUUCACGUAAAUAUAAUAAUAAUUCAUCAGAUCAAUAUACACAAUUAUAUCAAUUAGUUGAUAUGCAAUCAGGUAGUGUUGUAACUUUAUUAGAUCAAAGAAUAGCAGAUGAAAGGGCAAUGUAUCUAUAUAUACCAAUUUCAAAAGAAGUUUUCAAUAUGUCUUAUUACGAAUCAACAUUUAGAGUUAAUUCGCUUGGUCAUUGGCAAGUUGUUCUAACUUGGAAAGCAUUACUUAGUUUCUUUAAAUUGGUUUUUAUUAUUAUUUUAAAUUAUAAAAAUAAUAAUAAUAAUAAUAAUAAUAAUAAUAAUAAUAAUAAUAAUAAUAAUAAUAAUAAUAAUAAUAAUAAUAAUAAUAAUAAUAAUAAUAAUAUUAAUAAUAAUUAA